AAUUAAAGCAGUCAGGAAAAUACCAAAAAGUUAAAUAAAGAAAAUACCAAAACCUAGGCUAAACAUCAUAGUAUGGAAAGUAAACAGAAUGCUGCAGUUGCCGCCAACGCCGCUGCCACUGUCGCUUCCCCCGCCGUCGCCGCCAGCAGUAGCAGCAACAAUGCCGACGACAACGAUAGUGAUAAUGAUGUGGUCACCGAUUUUCUAAACUGCAAUUGCAACAGCAACACCAACGGAGUGGGAGACGUGUCAGAUGCUCCCGCUGCGCCAUCUUCGAAAAUCUUGCAUUGUGCCCCUCGUGUUACAGUGGAAAGUCAGAAUUAUUGCAUACCUGUUAUUAACGCACCUGUCCCAGCUGUGGUACUCCCUGGAAAUAACAACAACAGCACUAACAAUAUAGCACAACACGGCAACAACAACAACAUGAUACCCACAAUUAAUGUCACACCUCAUAGUCCGGCAUCGGCCUCCAAGUACAACAACAUCUUCGAGGACACAUUAAGCCAGUUGCAAAAUAUACGAGAAACAGUGCAGCAGAUGAAGAACUCCAGCCACAAUCAGCAGGAUGGACUGACCAACAACUAUGGCCUUCUCAGUGCGGCGAUACUGAGCGCCUCGCUGCCCGAUCUCAGCAAUAUGGGAGGCAGUGCCAACGCCAACGGCACCGGUGGCAUCAACAACAUGGGCAUCAUGUGGUCGGCAGCGCCACAACAAUGCCUUCUCCUGCACACAGACCGACGGAAAUCCUGGACGGCUGUGGAUGAUGCCAAUGCGACGGGUGAUUGUACCAACAAGAGUGUAAGCCUGUCCAGUUUGGACAGCGAGGAGCAGGAAACCAUACGCGUUACCGAGCAGCGAAGGCGCUCUGCUAGGAACAGCACAGGUGGUAUUUCAACUCACUCGCUGAACGAGGCGGAGCUGGCGCGAGAUUUCGAGCGUAUUGCGGCUAAGAGAAGUCUAGCCACGGAGAUUAUUAGCCGAAUACCGUUGCAGAAGAGCAUCUCAACCUCGUCGAUCAUAGCCAAGGAGGAUAUCAAAGCAAUCUCGCGGCACCUCACGGAUAGCGAGGAUGAGAAUCAGUCCUUGUUGCGUUCACAUACCAAGAUCGAGGUUUAUGAUCAUGUAGAGAAACGCCCAAAGCGUGGCUCCCUAUUCUUUCGCAAAAAAAAACCAAAGACCAAGACGAAGUCGCUGGUGGGCGGCGUUCAGCUAAGCGAUAUGGAGUCGCACCUGGAACGUAAGAAACUGUCAGCAGGCCAAGACUAUUGUGAUGGCUCUGAGAGCUUGCACCAGCAGCAUUACCACCAGCAUCAUCAAAUGCAGGAGCAAGAGGAUCAACAGCCACUUAUACGUGCUGCCGAGCUGCAGUUUCUUAAUGAGCCACCAAUCGAGGCGCAGGACUUGGGAGCUGAUCCAAUACUGGGCAUUGUACUACAAGAGCCCGACUCCUGGACGCCGAAUGUACCCAAAGAGCAGCUGAAAACGCUUAAGGAACUCCAGAUCAAGCGGCAGGAGCACAUUUACGAGUUCAUCAUGACCGAGAAGCACCACUGCCAAACGUUAAUUGUAAUGCGCAAAGUCUUCGUGGAAAGUAUGGAGCGGCAUUUCCCAGCGCUGAAUACGCACAGCAUGUUUCCUCGGCUUCAGCAGCUGACAGAGCUGCAUACCUGCUUCCUGCGCCAGCUGCGGCAGAAGCAACGCGAACAUCUCGUUGUGGAUAGCAUUGCGGACAUCCUGCUCGAGUUCUUCUCACUGGAGCAGGCGCAGUGCCUGCGCUUGGCCUAUGGCGAAUUCUGUGCGAACCAUCGCAGUGCUUUGGAGCAGUUCAAACAAUGCCUCGCUGAGCCGAGCUUUGCUGAGUGGUAUAAGCACUGCCUGCAGAAUCCCCUGCUCAAAAAGAAGGGCAUACCAGAGUGCAUAUUGUUUGUCACUCAGCGCUUGACAAAGUAUCCGCUACUGAUUGAGCCUUUGCUGAAAAGCGCACGAGAUAAUAAGUUGGAGACGGAUAAGCUGCAGCAUGCGCUGAACUUGGUCAAAUCUCUUCUGGUUGACGUCGAUGCCUGUGUGGCGGAGAAGGAACUGCGUGAACGGCAGUUGGAGAUCUAUGCCCGCGUCGAUGCGAAAUCCUUUGCUAUCUAUAAGAAUAAACCCUUCCGCAAGACCGAGUUGGGAGUGGAGUCAAGGCGACGUCUAAAGUUCGACGGGUUGGCUACGCUGAUGCAGGGUCGAGCUAAGACGCAGUUGGUUUUGAUCGUGGUGCUGACCGACUGUCUCUGCUUUCUUGUCGAGAACUCGGCGCAUAAUAAGUAUGCGUUCUUUACGCCCGAGCACAAGGCGGGCGUGGUUCCGUUGCAGAAGCUGCUGAUACGCGAGAAAGCGGGGACCGAAUCGCGUGGAAUCUAUAUAAUCAGCUCAAAUCCCGAUUUUCCUGAAAUGUACGAGCUCAAAGUGCAAACGCCAAAGGACAAACAAACCUGGAUACAGAGCAUCAGGCAGGCAGUGCUCGACUGCCCUGCCACGGAUAUCAUCGAAGCUGAAGCGCUGACGGCUGAAGAGAAGCUCCGCAUUGGUGUCAACAAGCGCGAGAUCAUUGAGAAGAUGCGCCAGAAGGAUAUUGAACAGGCGUUACUGCUGGAGGAGAAACUGAUGCUACAGUUCAAUCUGCUCAAGCAGCAACAACCCUUCGGCGAAGAUCUCAAUGCGGCUAAUACGAAUGGCAGCGCGGCCAAUUUCUUGGCUGCCUUUGGUUCCUAUAAGGAGUUGGUUUCCACAGACUGCGACACAGCGGAGCUCUGGCGACGCGUCCUCAACACUGUGCAGGACAUUAGCCAGCUGGCGGCAAGCAUUUAUAGCGCUGCAACUGGGCUACCUGUCUCUCGUACCGUCAGUAGCGUGGGUGAGAAACAAAGUGCUCUCUAUGCGUCGCCCACAUUGCCGAAGCGUGCGGAAACCUUUGCGGGCUUCGACGAGAAAAGGGGCAAGCUGAACAUGGGACGGGAGGUCAAGCUGACGCCGCGGCUGCAAGAGCUGGAGGAGAAACGUGAGCUGAAGACCCAAGCUCCAGUUGAGAUGGCUGCAGCGCCAACGCAGCUCCAACUUCACGCCAGCACGCUGCCCUCCAGUAGCAAGGAACACAAUUAUGCGGUGCUCCAGGUGUCGCAUCAUUUGCACACGCUGCUCUGCAUCAUCUCGCAGCAAAUGACUUGCAUACAGAGCCUGCAGCUGCAACUGGCGCUGUAUCGCGAAUCGCCGAGGAGCAGCAGUGUAGGCGGAGGCUCCAGCGCAGGCGGUGCCAGUGGUUCAGCAGCUGGCGGAAGCUCUGCCUACACGCACAAGGAUCAGCUAGAGGAGCUGCGCAACUUGCAGGAUAAGCUGCAGGAGGAGAAGACCGCUUGGCUGCGGCAAAAACAACAGCAAAUGGACGAGCUGGUCGAAAUGCGGGCACAGCAGCUGCAGCUGCAGCAGCAAAUUAAGGCCGAACAGGAGGACAUACGCCAGCAGCGAGAGCAGCUCUAUCGGAAAAUGGAGUUGUUGUCUAGUCAAGGCCUCUUGCUAUCGCCCAGUACUCCGCUACCAACGCUUGCGCCAGCCCUUGCGCCUGUCGCAUUGCCGGAGGAAGCACAUGAGCUGGACACGCCCACGGCAACAACACCAACAACGACAGCCGCCUCCACCAUCGAUAGACGCAAGGAGAAAUGGCUAAACAGCGGAUCCAGUUGCAAGACCCCGCCUGUGCAUUUGCUUAGCGCGAAUAAUGCGCCGAAAGCGAAUGCGACGCUCGUGAAACAGAAACUGCCCAUGAAGCUAUCAUCGCUGUCCUCCGGCACGCGGGUCGACAAGUCAGCAAGCUUUAAUAACAGCUCCAACAAUGGGUCUACGCCUUCUUCCGCCGGAGUGCAGCAAAUGUUUCCACUGAAGCUGGCCGACAAGCAACGGCAAAUGGCCACGCCUACGCCGCAGCAUUCGCGCACCGGAAGCUCACCAGCCAUCAUACAGCAGGUCGGCGCAACGUCGGUCACUAACUUAACGCAAAAUGCUACAGGACAUUACGCCGGAUAUGGAGGAGCCGCAGCAGCCGCAGCAGCGGCGCAUCAGCAGCAACAGCGACUGGUGCAAACACCCACGAGCAGCCGCAACAAUGCAAAUGUGAAUAUGAAUGUGAAUGUGAAUGCAGCCGCACGUGUGAGUACUCCUCUGGGCAGUACGGGACAGGCGCCACGCGCCAAGCCCGAGGAGGAGGAGAUCUACUUCUGA